AUGUGCUUUGCCAAGAAGCACAGCAAGAAAGGCCUGAAGAAGAUAGAGGAAAACAAUGCAAAGGCAAUGAGUGCACAAGCAGAGGCCAUCAAGGCACUUGUGAAGCCUGUGGCUGUUAAGCCCAAAAUGCCAAAGGGCCCCAGCUGCAAACUAAGCCAUUUGGCUUUCAUCACUCAGGAAGCAGAUUCAAACUACUUGGCCAAGAGUCGUAGGCUCUGCCAACCAAAGCUGAAGGUUCAAACCAAGGCAGAGGCCGCAGCUCCAGCUAAGGCCCAGGUUUCAGCCCUAGCUCAGGCUCCCAAAGGUGCCCCUGUGAAGGCCCUAUAA